UCUUAUGUAUACUUAUGCAGGGCAGCCUUAUUCGUUAUUCGUUAUUCAUUAUGAAUGAAAAUUAAGUAUUUUUGUAACCAUUAGCUAUAGUAUGAUGUAAGUAUAUGUAUGUCAACCAGAGUAUUUAAAAUAAGUGUAGAAUCCAUCGCUAUUAAAGAAACAUGGCUCUAAAACACGUGAUCAUAGGUGGUGGUACUGGAUACAUUGGAUCCUGCAUCGCCACAGCACUCUCUACCUUAAAACCACCUCUGAGCGUCAGGACGACUAUUAUCUCCCGUAUGCCGGGACCCAACAGGAUGUCCUGGCAAGAAUUAGAAAUCAAUGGCCUUCCUAAGGAUACGACUGCUGUGAUAAACGUGGCAGGACAAAAUAUUCUAGACUUCACUCAAAGAUGGACACCAGGUUUCAAGCAAAAUGUGUACAACAGUAGAGUAAAAACCACAAAACAGCUUGCCGAGGCAAUUUCUAAUUCUGAUGUCAAAACGUUCAUCACAAUAUCUGGUGUUGCCUACUAUCCACCUGAUCGUAAUGAGUACACAGAAUAUGACCAGUGUAAGAAGUAUGAUUUUCUAUCAGAACUUUGUCACGACUGGGAAUGUGCUGCUGAACUGCCUAAAGAUAGUUCCACAAGGCAAAUUACUAUUCGUUCAGGUGUAGUUUUAGGUAGAACUGGUGGCAUGAUCAAACAAGUUAUCAUGCCUUUCUUUUUUGGACUGGGUGGACCCAUUGGGAGUGGCACACAAUACAUGCCUUGGAUUCACAUUAGAGAUCUUGUGAAUCUGUUCCUUCAUGCAUUGCAAAAUGAGUGCGUGAGAGGAAUUUACAAUGGUGUAGCACCUGAGUUGGUAACAAAUGCAGAAUUCACCAAGGCUUUUGCCUCAGCUUUGGGAAGACCAGCUUUUAUUCCACUUCCUGAAUUUGCCUUAAAAACGUUAUUAAAUGAAGAGCGCGCCAAGAUCAUGCUGGAAGGUCAAAAAGUGAUUCCCAAACGAGUUUUGGAAUCUAAUUUUCAAUACAAAUAUCCUACUAUAAAACGAGCAUGUGAAGAGUUCGCGUGGGUACGCUAUGAAGAGCCUUAUUAAUUUAAUCAUGCACACUGCUAGUCCUAAUGUACAUAUAAUUUGUUAUAUAAUUAUUUUUUAAAAGUUAAACGAUUUUACAAAGA